AUGAUUGUCCUCAAUUUGAACAAGUUCAUCCACAUUGUAUUAUGCUGUUUAUCCAUUUGGGCAGCAGUAUCAACUGCCACAUUUGGUCCAAGUCACAAUAUUAGGAUGGAAUAUUAUGUCCCAAAUAAUUUGAGGGGCCAAGCAGAGGCUGCUUGGACAAAGGUUUUAGACUUCUAUGAAAAAUUAGGGGAUUCUGAGACCCAUUCUAAAAAUGGACCAUUCAGCAGGUUGAGGGGUAGAUUUCAAGUGAUGGGAAGGGACACUGGUGGCAAUCUAGAGAGAAUUGAUAGUUACCUUCCACCUUUUAGGAAACCAAUGGCUGGGUUGGAUCAACAUCUUACACAUGCUAUAUAUGUGUUAGUGCUUGAGGAUGAGAAGCCGGACACAUUUGAAAUACAUGUGAGGGGUGAAGUUCCAGAUCAAGUCAAGGGAGGAAAAGUUGAAUGGUUAAGUCAUCAGGCAGUAUUCAGAUUUUCCACAUAUUUUGAUCGUAUCAAAUUUGAACAAAUCACAAUACUUCAUGGAUUAUCCCAAGAGGAAUGUAGGCAUGGGGAUUUCUUCACUCAAAUAGGAGAAUCAUUGCUCAAUGAAGCAACCACAGAUGACUCUUGA